UUGAUAACAUAUCAUAUCUUCAUUUUGACUCACAUAAACACUAGCUAAUAACCAAUAUUAUUAAUGGCGUCUCACAAUUCUCUCUUGUUUUUAAUAUUCUUUUUCAUUACUAAUUUCAUUUGUUCUUCAAAUGCUAAAACUUUCGAAGUUGGUGGCAAAAAGGGCUGGACCUUACACCCUUCUGAAAGCUACAACACCUGGUCCGGUAGAUUGCGGUUUUUGAUUAAUGAUUCCUUGCAUUUCAAGUAUGAUGGUGGGUCGGAUUCGGUUUUGGUAGUGAACAAAGGAGAUUAUGAUGGAUGUAAUUCGAAUAACCCGAUUAUGAAGCUUGAAGGUGGUGAUUCUACGUUUAAACUUGAUCGAUCGGGCCCGUUUUACUUCAUUUCGGGUAAUAAAUCGAAUUGUGACCAGGGCCAGAAGCUAAUUGUGGUGGUUUUGUCUCCAAGAAACCGAUCACCACCACCGCCAUCCACCACUACACCACCUUCUCCAUCAACCCUUCCGCCAUCUCCAUCUAGCUCCCCUGUUUCACCACCUUCGGGGGCCGGAUCCCCUGGUUCAUCACCAUCUGGAACACCCGUCAUGACUCCGCCAGCGUCUUCGCCUGGCGGAGGAAGCGGAAUUCCCGGAUCCCCUGGUUUAUCACCAUCCGGAACACCCGUCGUGACUCCACCGGCGUCGUCACCUGGCGGGGGAAGCGGAAUGCCCGGAUCCCCUGAAUCAUCACCAUCUGGAACACCCGUCAUGACUCCGCCAGCAUCUUCACCCGGUGGAGGAAGCGGGACUUCCCCCGCUUCUUCACCUGGUGGAGGAAGCGGGUCUUCACCCGGUGGAGGAAGUGGAUCUUCUCCAGCAUCCUCACCGGGUGGAGGUGGUGGUAGUGGUAGUGCCGGUGGCCCGGGACAGGCUCCCGGAGGUAAUAACCCGGCCGCAGAUGUUGGUACACCACCAUCCGCCGCUACACCACUACUUUCUGGUUCCAUAAUUGCAUCAUUUGUGACAACGGCUUUUGCUUUGUUGUGUCUUAAUUAAUGAUUAUGAGGUUUUUCCUUAUUGAUUUCUUAUGUAUAUUUUUGCUGGAUUGAUAUACAAAUCUUAGUUGAGUACGUGUUAAUAAAAGAGUGUUUAUCAUGGUUAUCCACUGAAUAAACAUAUUUGUAUAUGUA